CCCGCCUCACGCCCGCAGGGCCAGGAAGCGCGGAAAGAACCGCCGGGGGGCCAUGGACGGGGCCGUGAUGGAAGGGCCGCUCUUCCUGCAGAGUCAGCGCUUUGGGACCAAGAGGUGGAGGAAGACCUGGGCCGUGCUCUACCCGGCCAGCCCCCACGGCGUAGCGCGCCUCGAGUUCUUCGACCACAAGGGGUCGAGCUCUGGAGGUGGCCGAGGGGGCUCGCGCCGCCUGGACUGCAAGGUGAUCCGUCUGGCCGAAUGCGUGAGCGUGGCCCCCGUGGCCGUGGAGAGCCCCCCGGAGCCCGGCGCCACUGCCUUCCGCCUGGACACGGCGCAGCGCUCGCACCUGCUUGCGGCCGAUGCGCCUUCCAGCGCCGCCUGGGUGCAGUCGCUGUGCCGAAACGCCUUUCCGAAAGGCAGCUGGGCUCAGGCACCCGCCGAGAACCCGCCUCAGCUUUCUGCGCUGAAGAUGCUGGAGAACUCGCUGUACAGCCCCACCUGGGAAGGGUCCCAGUUCUGGGUAACUGUGCAGAGGACUGAAGCCGCUGAGCGCUGUGGCCUGCAUGGCUCCUACGUGCUGAGGGUAGAGGCCGAGAGGCUGACUCUUCUGACCGUGGGGGCCCAGACGCAGGUCCUGGAGCCGCUCCUCUCCUGGCCCUACACCCUGUUGCGUCGCUAUGGCCGGGACAAGGUCAUGUUCUCUUUUGAGGCCGGUCGCCGCUGCCCCUCGGGCCCUGGAACGUUCACCUUCCAGACAGCACAGGGGAAUGACAUCUUUCAGGCCGUGGAGAUGGCCAUCCACCGGCAGAAGGUCCAGGGAAAGGCCGGCCAGGGGCACGAGGUUCUCAGAGCGGACUCUCAGGAAGGAGAGGUGCUGGAAGGGAAGUUGGCUUCCCCUCCUGGCCCCCAGGAGCCCCUGGGAAGUCCCCCAGCCCUGUAUGCGGAGCCCUUAGACUCCCUCCGUGUUCCCCCUGGCCCCUCCCAGGACUCCCUGUACUCAGAUCCCCUGGACAGCACCGCUGCUGGGGCAGGGGAGAGGGGACCGCAGAAGAAGCGUCUCUACUGGGACUUGUACGAGCACGUGCAAGAGCAGCUGCUGAAGGCCAAGGUGACGGACACCAAAGAGGACCCCAUCUAUGAUGAGCCGGAGGGCCUGGCCCCGGCCCCGCCCCGGGGCCUGUACGAUGUGCCUCAGGAGCCCAAGGACGCGUGGUGGUGCCAGGCUCGGCUGAAGGAGGAGGGCUAUGAGCUCCCCUACAACCCUGCCACGGAUGACUAUGCUGUACCCCCGCCUCGGAGCACAAAGCCCCUUCCUGCUCCCAAGCCCCAGGGCCCAGCCUUCCCCGAACCUGGUGUCACGACUGGCAGUGGCAGCAAAGCCCCCAGCUCAGACACUGCCCUGUACAGCCAGGUCCAGAAGUGUGGAGCUUCCGGCAGCUAGGACCGUCUAGGGCGGGGAGUGGCAGGACUGGGGUCCAGUCAGAGGGCUCCACUUGAGAAGCAGGGCAAGGCCGGGGUUGCUGAUGGAAGGACCGUGAGGGCGAUGGCACUGGGGAUCAAAGAAACCUGUUAGAGCCAGUGUGUGUGAGCCCAGGGGAGCCAAGGGAUGGGGGCUGAGGGAAGGCUGGUCAAUCCCAGGAAGUCCUAGGAAGUGGACCAACUGGCAGGGUUGAAUGCUGGGCUCCAGGGAGGGUCAGCCAGCCCCCUCCCAUGGAAACAGAGUUGCUUGGCCAAGUGCACAGAAAGAGGUACUUAGUCAGAGGGGACAGCUUGGGGGGCCUGCGUGGAGGUUCAAGGGAGCUGCUGGACUCUGCCUGCGUUGUUCUUUGCCAGAGACACAUUUUAAAAUUUAAAGAUUCUUAUUAAAGCCAGUUUGGAUUUCAGAGGUCUGUGUGUGUGAAUAGACCCAGAGGGGACACAGUGGCAGGUGUGCUGGCUGGGUGUGGAGGGGUGGAGAGCCAAGAACGUGCUGGGGUCCACAGAGGGAGGAAAGGGGCCCAGGAGGGCCAGGCUGACCUGGGCCUGACUCGAGCUCUGGGACCGUGGGUGCAAACCUCUGUUUUCCCAGUGCCCUUCUGUAAAGUGGGAAACCUAAUGGUGGGCUCUGUGCCACAGGCAUGUUGGAAAUUGGGUAAGUUCCCCAGCACUGGUGUAGGCUGCAGCACACAGGAGGUGCUUAUAAUAGUGGCUGCUGCUCUGUCUUUGGCUGGAGGGAGUGGACAGGUGGGCAGGUGUGGGGAGGAGGCGUGGGCAGGGAGUAGGACUUUUUCACACCACCCUUUUCCCUGUUCUCAGCUAUGCUGUAUGAGGGUGCUUCAAAAAUUCAUGGAAAAUGGACUUAAAAGAUAAAUGUCUGGGGCCGGUGCUGUGGCGCAGUAGGUUAAGCCUCCACCUGUGGCGUUGGCAUCCCAUAUGGGCGCCGAUUCUAGUCCCGGCUGCUCCACUUCCGAUCCAGCUCUCUGCUAGGGCCUGGGAAAGCAGUAGAAGAUGGCCCAAGCGCUUGGGCCCCUGCACCUGCUUGGGAGACCCAGAAGAAGCUCCUAGCUUCAGAUUGGCACAGCUCUGGCCAUUGUGACCAUUUGGAGAGUGAACCAGCAGAUGGAAAACCUUUCUCUCUGCCUUUCCCUCUCACUAUCUGUAACUCUACCUCUCAAAUAAAUAUUA